AUGGCAGACACACCGGUGAAGGGCGCCCACGUGCGCAACGAGGAGCAGCUUGUCGCGACGACGGGAUUCCAUCAGCUGGAGUUAGAAGCCAGUGGGAAAGAAGGUAUCGAAAGUGGCACCGGGUUCGAUCAGGAUGACAUGACGCGUAUGGGAAAGCCGCAAGAAUUCAAGAGAAAUCUCCGACCGUUAGCAGCGCUGAGUUUUGCGUCGGUUCUUCAAGCGACCUGGGAGUUUAUCUUGAUUUCGAACUAUGAAGGUCUUUUGGAUGGUGGGCUUGCAGGGUUGUUUUGGACGUAUGUUUGGACGUUCGUUGGGUUUGGGUUUAUCAUUGUUUCGCUGUCGGAGAUGGCAUCAAUGGCACCUACGUCUGGCGGACAGUACCAUUGGGUGUCCGAGUUUGCUUCACCACGGUAUCAGAAGUUUCUCAGUUAUAUCACUGGCUGGAUGUCCGUCCUUGCAUGGCAAGCAGGCGCCGCCUCCGGCUCGUUCUUGACGGGAACCAUCAUCCAGGGACUCAUCAGUGUGCGCAACCCCGACUACGAGCCCCAGAAAUGGCAGGGGACAUUAUUCGUCUUCGCGAUGAUUCUGAUCAUCUAUUUCUUCAACGUCUACGCUGCCAGCUGGAUGCCUCGUAUCCAGAACCUACUCCUCGCCCUUCACAUCCUCUGCUGGGUCGUGGUGAUCGUCGUUCUCUGGGCCAUGGCGCCUCGCCAGCCCGCAAAGGCCGUAUUCACCGAAUUCAGCACCCUCGGGGGAUGGAAUAACGUCGGCCUGGCCUUAAUGAUCGGUCAGAUCUCCGCUAUUUACGGUUCACUCAGCUCCGACGCGACCGCCCACAUGUCCGAGGAAGUCCGCGACGCCGGCCGUUACGUCCCCAUCGCCAUCGCCUGGGGGUACUUCAGCAACGGCCUCAUGGCGCUGAUCCUCAUCAUCACCCUUCUCUUCGCUAUGCCAUCCGUCCAGGCCGCCCUGGACGACCCCACCGGCUUCCCAUUCAUCUACGUCUUCGCGCAAGCCGUCCCCGAAGCUGGCGUCAACGGCCUCACAGCCAUCAUCCUCAUCCCUGUCAUCUUCAGCAACAUCCUCUUCAACGCCUCGACGGCUCGUCAGACCUACGCGUUCGCGCGCGACAAGGGCCUCCCAUUCUCCAGCUGGAUCAGCACCGUCAACGCCAAGCGCAAGCUCCCCGUCAACGCGAUCGGCCUGUCCUGCGUCAUCUCCGGCCUUCUGUCGCUCAUCAAUAUCGGCUCCGAAACGGCCUUUAACGCCAUCAUUUCCCUCAACGUGGCGGCGCUAAUGUGGACCUACGCCGUCUCCAUCACCUGCGUGAUGUGGCGCAAGAUCUACCACCCGGAGACGCUCCCUGUGCGGCGCUGGAGUCUGGGUAAAUACGGCGUGUGGGUGAAUGCCGUGGCGCUGCUGUAUACGCUGUUUGCGCUCUUUUGGUCCUUCUGGCCGACGGAGAUCCCGGUGACGUUGGAUAGCUUUAACUGGAGUGUUGUGUUGUUUGUGGGCAUUUUUAUCAUCAGUUUGGUGAUGUAUGUUGUUAUGGGGAGGAGGGUGUAUAAGGGGCCGGUUGUGGAUGUGAAGAGGGACUGA